AACACCAUAUUGUUUCAUAUCCAUUCAGCAUAAAUUACUAUUAUUUUCGUGUAUUUAGUUUCCAUGCAGGUAUUACUCAGACGAUACAAGACAAAUAUUUUCCAUUAUUUUACUUUUAGCACUUUCUAAAAGUAGUGUUUCAAGGAUAAAACAGUGGCAAGACGUUAAACAGUUUGGGAUGAACAAAUUCCAAAGAAAUAAAAAAUAUGUCUAAAUCUUAAUACAACAAUUCCAACAAAUUAUAAAUAGGAAAAAUAAUUAUAAUGAUAAAUAAUCAGUGUUGAGGAGUAACUAGUUACGAAUAAUUAAAAUUCAAAAUAAAUAAUUGUAAUCAGUUAGUUACUGAGAAUAUUUGUAAUUAAAUUACAGUUACUAAUUAAAAUAUUGGUGAUUACAAAGGGAUAAUGCCCGAACAUAUUACUAUAAGUAAAAAGUUUAUAUGUAUAAUAAAACACUCAUUCUGUAGCUUUGCAUCUUUUUACUGUGCAGGAACGCCGUCUUUUGCCGUCGCCUGUUUCUGGACAUUUUUCAGCUUUAUAGCCCAGUUUAAAACUUUUUUUUUUUUUAAAGUAAUAAAAUGUAAUAGUUUAAAAAUAAAUCAAUUGAUUAUAAUAGUUUUAGUUUUUUUAUGCUAACGGUUUUGCUAGUUGUGCACUUUUAACUACGUGGCUCAUGCAGUAACUCUGUCCUAUGUGUUUUCUUUCUUGCUGUAUAAAAGCACUAUAUCAAUAACUUUUACUUAUUUACAUUUAUAUUAGUAAAGCAGAGUUACAGGGAUAAAACAGUGACAAGAGGUUUAAAAAAUUACAAAUUAAAAGCAAAAAAUAAAUUGAAGAAUGACAAGAAUUAAAACAAAUUACAAGUAGUUAGAAAAUAAAUUAAGAAAUUAUAAUAGUUUUCUGCUGGUAAAACAGAGUCACGGGGAUAAAUUAAAACAAAAUAUUUUUUUAAAAUUAAGAAAUUAUAAUAGUUUAAUAUAUUCUUAUUAUCUUGCAGUCCCCACAGGACAAACUAAAAAUAAUUAAACUCAGUUAAUUAAAGUGAAUUAUUGCUGCUUGACUUUCUCACUGCUUGUGUUUGUGUUGCAGUUCCCUGUGCGGCCGGCCCGAGGCGGCGGCGCUGUUUCUCAGUUGCUGAACUACAGUGUGUAUUUGCUGAAGGACUAUGUUGUGAAAAUCUUUCAAAGUGUUGGUUUUCCGUGAUUACGGGGCUCUUCUGGACGUCUGCUCGGUGGGUUAGGGGGCCCGUGUGACCGACUCUCCCGGUGGACUGUGUGCGCAGCCCGGGUGCGACUGUUUCGGGCAGCUGCUUAGCGGUUUUCUGAUCUCUGACUGGAGGUUUUUUACUGCAAACCAAGUUAGCUCAACAGCUAAUCCUAAAAGUCACGUCACCUGUGCGGACUCGAAUUAAAAGUUUCCCGGUGGAGCCGGGACAGCCGGGUCACUUUUGACAGUGUGACCGUACAAAACUUUGUCUCGGGUGUUUUUGCGCCGGGUUCGUAUUUUAUCUCGCUUUUGCGCAGCCAUAAAAAUUGCGUUGGAGACAGCAGCAAGUGAAGCGUAGCUGCGGGUUUUAGAUGACGGUGAGACCCGCAGCCGGACACGGAUAAGGUGUUUCCUUCGGAGGGAAAUGCUGUAGAGAGGACACCGCCUCGGUGUUCAGCCCGCUGACUUGGCGGCUCUGGGUUUGCUGCUCGUGAGGCCUGCGGGUCGGGCUUCCACCGGGCUUGAGUAGAGCCCGACGCCGACGUCGAGAGGUCGGAGGCCGGCAGUCGGCGCUGCCACCGCCGGGCCUGCGGUUCGAGUUAUGGAACGGAUGGAAGUGGACCAGUGCGCAGGCGCAGCUGCCGGGGCAGGAGGCGGGGCACUCCGCAGAUCGAACAGCGCCCCCAUGAUCACCAGUGUCAGCGAUGGGAUGACCGUCUUCAGUCCGGUGUCCUCGGCUCGGUACAGACGCAGCAGUGUGUCCAUCAACCCCAGCUGUCCCUCACAGCUCGUCCCUCUUUCUCCUUUCUCUCUGACCGGAGACAGACUCGACCACAAGAGGCAGGAGGAGAACAUGGAGAUGACGCUCAGAGGAAGUCUGCAGAGACUCAGUGCUUCCAGUCUGAUCCCAGUUCCUCCAGUCAGUCAGUGGCACAACCACACGUCAGUGGUGAGCAUCUCCACACCAGAUUUUAACGACCAGGCUCUUAUUUUGAAGUGGUUUCAGUCACAGGACAGCGGCAUCACACCCAACUCCUCCCCGAGUCCCACCAGGAGGUUCAGACCAGCAGUCAGUGCCACGGUCAGAUGGCCUGCGUUAACUCCACUCAAGAGGAAAGGAGGGGUGGAGUCUGACGGACCCCCAAAGAAGCUUUUUGUUGCCGGGGUGACAGAUCCCGCCCACCGCAGCAGCUACACUGUCAGUGUCUCACAGUCAGCGGAAGACUCUCCUCCUGCAGGAGGCGUCAGUCCUCAGUCCAGCCCUCUGUCUCUGUCUCCUCCCCCUUCCUUCACCCCCUUCACCUCCCACCAGCACCCCGGACACUAAAACCCUCCUCCCCCCUGCUCACCCAGAGUGCUGACCCUGUCACUGUGGGAUCAGACCGACCACCAGCAGCUCCAGAGACCCUCAAACACCUGGAGGAACAUCGACCCCAUCGCACCUUAUUUUGGUUCCAAUCAUCUGCCAGCAUCACUGUAAGCCCCGCCUCCCUAAUGGACAGACAAAUCACAGGAAGUGAAGAUGUGACACAUUCGGAGGUGAAGAUCACCUUCAGUUCAGCCUGCUCUCUGCUCUCUGAGCAGGAUAUUUCUUUUGCAUCCGUGAAGCUUCAGACUUUUUUGUUGGUCGGUCAUCACACAGCAUCACUCUUUAUUUCAAGCAUCAGGCAGAAGGACGUAUACGCUGUGUCACGUGUGCGGCUCCACCCCCAUCAGAGGGCGUGGUCUUGAGGUUCAAACUCCUCACUCUCAUGUUAAAGGAUAAACAAAGGAUUCAUCAGCAGCACCAUCGUGAGAUCACGGAAAACGUUUGGGAAACUGAGGACACACUGGUUGUGUCGUCAGACUGGAAUCGAUUGUGCUCACUAAAAGAAAAGGGUGUUGUUGGUAGUUGUGGGGAGCAGAUGAGCAACAGACACACCUCCCCAGUCUCAAUGUGUCCUGUGGACCAAGCAGCUGAUCCUGAUUGGUUACAGAGAGGAGUUAAUGUUAUACAAGUUGUGCUGAUUCAAGGAUAAAAGAACAAAGCACCUAAACGUCUCUGCCUGAAGACGUCUCUCGUUCCUCAGCUGCAUUCUUCAGAUUUGUUCUGCGGACAUCAAAAGAGUCAGAGCCUUACAUGGGAUGACUUCCCAUUGGAGGAUGCAGCUCUAAUCUGACCAAUCAGUCGAUGCUGUUAGUGAAGCUCCAGAUCUUCUCUGAUCAGUUAUUCUGAAGAAGUUCUAAUAGGAUCUUGAGUUUUAAUCAAGAUGUAAUUGCGGGUGAUGACUAAAUGUUCUCAGACUGUUGAUCACAAUCGUCUCUCUAAAGGAGUCGAAGUUCUUCAGGAACAUUUCGUUCCACCCACAGUGAUACAGUCGACACCUACAGGAACUGAACUACACAGAGAACCUUCAGCCGGUCCUCUGCUUAUUGUCCUGGAGUCGCACUUGUUGGAAGUCAUGUAAUUUAUGAGGACAAUAUAGGAAUCACAUGAUUUAUUUAGACACGGUCUUGAAGAUGAAGUCAUGAGAACUCAUAACUGAUGAGUCUGUGGAGUAACAUCUGGACUCUCCCAGCACUUAAACAAAUCAGCGAACCAGGGUUACGCACUACGCAAAGUUAGUCCCUCCAGGAGGUUGCAACAGUAAACGCAAAUUCAGCCAGACCUCGUGAAUUCUGCGCAGCCCUGCAAUUUUGUCCCAUCGACGCAACUUAACCGCAAACGUUAAUAGCCCUUCUGUGCAGAGUCUGCAUGUUCUCUCUGUGUCAGUGUGGGUUUCCUCCAGGUGCUCCAGCUUCCUCCCACAGUCCAAAGACAUGCAGGUUAAUUGGUGACUCUAAAUUGUCCGUAGGUGUGAAUGUGAGUGUGAAUGGUUGUCUGUCUCUAUGUGUCAGCCCUGUGAUAGUCUGGUGACCUGUCCAGGGUGAACUCUGCCUCUCGCCCAGUGUCAGCUGGGAUAGGCUCCAGCCCUCAAAACUGCCUGUGAAAUCCUGGAGGGACUGAAUAGUGCAUCUUAUGAUUUUUAUCAAAUUUUAUAUAAUUUUAUUCAGCUAAUCUGCUGAAGAUAGUUUGUAUCUUCAGUCAGCUAGAGAAAUUACAAAAUAAAGAAAAACCUGAAUAUCCAAAAACAGUCUUUGUCCCAGCAACCCUCUGAACGGGGUAUAGCUUUUUGCAAGGCCAAAACUGCUAGUUGUUGAGAAUUUUUGUCGGGUAUUUUUCACCCCAGACUCGCUACACCUGAGUCAAAUUCAGCCACUGAACAAAAGUUUCAGUCAUCGAAGCCUAAGAUUUUUGUGUUUUAAAGAAAGUUUUAGUUUUUGUGUCACGGCUGAGUCACCCUGACUGAAGCUUUCUGGUUUUACCAGAGAAAACUUAAAAGACUUAUUUUGUUUGUCGACAGUUUGUCAAACUUGGGCUGACGGUUGACAGACUGUAGGACGUCUUUUUCUCCCGGGGUGAGAAACUGGUUUUACAAACUGGUUCCCGGUCAGUAGAAGUGUGUAGAACUUGUGGUCUGUUUGUUAAUAGUGUAUCUAUAUGUGAAUAUUGACAGUCGGAGCAGCUGAUAUGUGCUCACUUUUCUUCAGCCUGCAUGGUUUGAUUGUACAUAUUGAAUCUGCAGGAAGCGACCAUGCUCUUCCCUCGUAAAGGUGCAUUUAUACUUUGACUUCUUUCAUUUCCCUCUAAGUUUGCUCUCUGUCCGGCUUUAGUCUUCUCUACUUGAAAUCAGCCACGUUGUGUUCGUGAAGGUCAUCUGAUUGGUUCAAUCCCCAGAAAAUCUUUAUCACUUACUGUUUAAAAAAAAAGGGUCACUAAUCAUUUUGACUUCCUCUGCGUUUUCUUUCUGACGAAUCUAUCAAACUUGUUUUGAGGUGGUUGUUUUUUUGAACCAAUGUUACAACAGUUGAUUUUUUAAGACCCGGACCAAUCUCGGCUCUCGUUAACGGCUCUGGACUCUUACUUUUUACUUUGUACUUAAAGCAGACUUGUACUAAGUCUGCUUUAAGAAUACAUCAGUUUUAAUCCCAGGGUUGGGCAAUAAUUCAAUAUCAUCAGUUUUCAAUUGAAUCAUAUCGUGACGAUAGGAAAUUCUGUUAUUGUUCACACAAACUAAUUUGACGCACAUCAGUUCAUUCUUUGACAUCAGUUUAUUUGAUGUGAUUUUGCACACGUUGUGUAAUAAACCAUCAUCAGGAAGUAUCUGUACGAAUAUUGUGACAGUAAUGUCGACCAUACUGCCCCCAGCCGCAGAUAAUCCUGUUAAUAUUCUAAUGGUUUCAUUCCAAAAUCUGUGGAGCCCCUAAGAGGACAUGAUCAAGUUUCUUGUGAUCACCGUAAACUAUCUGGCGCUCAACAUAAAUUACAUGGCACACGCUAAAGAUUAAAUAACACUCACCGUGAACUAUGUAGCGUUCAGCAGAAAUUGUUUGGAGCUCAACAGAAACUAUCUUGCACUCAUUGAAAUUAUCUGGCACCCACCGUAAAAUAUGGAGAGGUCAGUAGAAACUAUCUGGUGCUCAUCGUAAACUAUCUGACACUCACUGAAAUUAUGUGGCGCUCAUUGUAAUCUAUUUGAUGCUCCAUAGAAACUAUCUGGCACUCAUCGAAACUUUUCUUGUGCUCCUUCUUGUGCACCAUAAACUUUCUUGCACUCAAACUAUCUGGCACUCAAUUUAAACUAUCCGGUGCUCAGUAGAAAUUAUCUGGCACUCACCGUAAGCUUUCUUGCACUCACCGUAAACUAUCUGACAAUCCUCAUAAACAAUCUGGCACUCACCGUAAUCUAUCUGGUGCUCACUAUAAACUAUCUGGGACUCAUCAAAGUGAUUUAGGACUCGCGCCCUUUAAAACCAACUCGGUGCUGAGUAGAAACAAUCUGGUGCCAAACAGCAGGUUUCCUCUUAGAGGCUCCAUAACCAUCAGAGUCAUCCCCACAUUAGUCACUAGAUUUGCACAGACAUCGUUGAUCAUUUGAAAACGUGACUUUAAUGAUAAUUCAUUAAUGUGAAUUUUGACAGUUUUAUUAAUAUGUGAUUCUGAUUUUUAUUUUGUCUUAGUCUGCAAUAAUUGUAAUGAUUCAAUACAAGUGCACAAGAAUGUGACUUUGUUAAGUCACAGAUGUAGCCAUCUCACCACAGGGGUCGGAGGUCAGAGGUCAGAGGUGAGGGUUACAGACACGAGCUGCAGUUCUGCUUCCAACUUUUGCACUUGCACAGUAUUGUACAGUUUUGUACUAUCACUCAUCAUUGUGCCUGAACAUGUCGUCAUAGUCGUCGGAGGUUGUUUUUUUUCUCACGCGUGUCGAUUUAAACAUCGGAUCUGAGAGAUUUUAUAAUCACCUGACACCUGUGAGAUGUGUUUGUACAUAUAGUCUCUAUAAGCUGUUUUUAUAGAAGUGUCUUUCCCCCCUCGCUGCUCAUUCAGCUGCUCCAACAAACAAAAAUUCCAAAUCUUUUUCUUUGUGACGCAUUUGACAUAUUUUUCGUUGUCACAACUUUGCACAGAACUAGUUUAGACCACCUUAAUCUUUAUAUUGUGUUACAUGAUCGGUGACUUAUCGUCAUGUAAGAAAUGCUGUUGACUUUUGCUUUUUCUCGCUUUAUUUCUUGACUUAUAACCGCCUCUGUGAGUCUAUCCUGUUUCAGAGAAAUGCACUCAGCAGUUGAAAAUAAUUCUAGAAGAGUUUGGGUCAGUUGUAGUUUGGACUUUGUGCUCAGUUCAGCUUGUUUAGAAAACAACAUCAACUCCUUGAGACAACAGAAACAAUUUUUAAAUCUCUGACUUUGAGAAAGUAUGCAAUUUUUUUACAUUUAUUUUUCAAGAAACCCUUUUAUUAAGCACAAUAAGCCAAAGCUGUUGAAAUGCUUAAUAACAAGUAGACAUAGAAUAAUUUUUAAAAUGGACCAAAUAUUGAUUUAAAUCAUUAACUAUUUGACAAAAGAAUAAUAAAUGCGAUUAUGAAUGUGAUGUUUUGGAAUUUGAUAGUUUUCGAUAUCCAAUGUUACAGAGACAUUUUGGUUGUGGCCCCAAAAAUAUUGAGGUUCAAUAUGUUAACUCCAACCAGGUUCAAUAAUGCUUUGAUUUCAUAUCGUAUCAUUUUUGUUGUUUGGUUUGUUUUGUGCAGUUUUCGGCAGUAAUUCAAUAUUUCAAAUUCUCGUGUUCAAAAAAAAAAAAAAAAAAAGCCAUUAAAUGAAUCAACAUAACUAAAUUUAACCACGAUAUGCUUAAAAAUAUUUACUUUCUCGGAUUUUGGUCUAAAAAGCGCAAAAACAUUGUUUGAACAAAAUGUCACCUUUUCAGCAUCGUUUUGAAUAUUUGAAUAUCGUAAAACAUCAAUGUCAAAAUAUUUCAGUGAUAAUUAUCAUGUAUUAGCCUCAUCUAAUUAGCAUAUUAGCCAUAUCAGUUUGUAUUUAGCUAUUUAACCAUCAACAUUUGAGAAUUUUCAAAAAUUUUCCUUCAAAUUUUUUUGUACAGAUACAAAAAAAGAAAAUUUGCAAUUCUAAAUCACUUUUUUUUUGUAUGAUCAUGGGGAAAAAAAAUCAGCAACAGGUUUUGGUUCUAAUUUAUUUUUAGAAUCAACAAAACCUGUACGGAGUGAUUCAUCCCAAAUCACAUACAGAUGUUAAAGUGUCGAGAAGCAGGAUAGACUUAUCUCAGAGGUAACAACACGCUGCCAAAUUCAGUUAGCUGUACAGACACAAACUGUAGCUUUAAGAUAAUUUUCUGUUUAUUAUUUUUAACUUUGCACAUUCACCGUUGUCCCAUGCUGUAUGAAGAGACAAACUGUUUAUAUGUAGCUGGAUCAACAUGUGAUGUGGACUCUCGUACGAAUUUCUGCUUCAGAGAAUGUUUUUACGCCAAAAAUUCUUUAAAUGAAACAGUAAGAUAAAGUCUUACAUUAUUAGAACAGUAUUCACUGAUGUGUUUUUGUCUCAUUCUCACCUUUAUGUCCUUAAUGGAUUUCCUCUCUUGGUUUUCUUUGCUUAACAACGUUUAAAGCAUCCAGUCAACUUCCGGAAAUGUCUCCAGGUUCAAAUCAUUGUAAGUCCAAUUUUUGACGUAUAUUUUCAGUGUGAUCGGAGGUUUGUUUAACUCACUGCUUUACAUUAAACUCUAUUAUACGGAGUCCUGAGAGUCCCGACAGGUGAUUUUUUUUUUUCAUCUGGUCAAGUUAUGAUUUUGUGCAAGUUAAUAUUAUCUUGUGCGCACACGAUUGGGGGGAAAAAAAAAAAAAACAUCUCUCGGGACUUCCGGGGCCCUCUGCUGUCAAUUUAUGCCCUUUGUGCAAUUUUUCCUCUUUUUUUUUCCUUUUGUUUUUGUCUUGCCGUGUAAAAGUCAUUGUAACUUGGUAAACGCUAACAGUAAGCAUAAAACAAUAAAAUGUUAGUAUAUUAGCAUGCUAACGAUAGUCGUGACAAAGCUGUAGCCAAGUCAGUGACUACUAACGUGCUAAAUUUUACAUGACAAUCAUAAGGUAUUAGCAUGAAUGCUAACUAUAGCUAUGCUCUACAGUCUUGCCUACAUGCUAAUGUUAGCUGAGCCUGACAGGCAGGAUCUGAUGCUGUGUCUCAAUUCAGAUUUAAUGAAGUACACUUUGCGCACUGUGUCCUUUCUCGUCAAGUGUGUUAAUUUCGACAGGGUGGUGUCGUCCUAAAUCACGCAAAUGUUGUGCACUUGCUGGAAUUUAUGAACGUAACAUUCGACCGCCUCGUCUUCCUCUUCUUAAUGGCAAAAUGCAAGUGGACGGAGCGUUACCUACAAGAUUUCACGGUGAUUGUUGCCUGCCAAAGUGACUUCUGGCUUAUUUGCUUAUUCAUCGUAACGACUGCUGCAACUUCCUCAGUCGCCAUUUUCACAAGUUUGGUAGUCCCGUCCCUUUUGCUAUGUAGCCAAGAUGGUGACCAUCAUACUUCCAUGCGUCCUCAUGUUGGCAUGGAUACAGCCAAUAGAUGGCACUAGAGGGUGGAGUCAAAAUUUCCCCACAACAAGAAAUGAGGCAACGGUGGAGGAGGUUGUAAUAUUGUACCUGUAAACGGAGGCAGUGUUGUGGACACUGGUGGUCUGUGUGGCCAUUAUUUACAUCCCAACAUGUUCCCAACAUGUGGACGGAGAAUUACUUUCGCAAUAUUAUUGAUUCGUUGACCCCGCCAUUUUUUGAACGUCUCCAUCAUCUCCUACGGUUGUCUUUUGCUUGAACUACGCUACAUUGCCCCCAUGAUCUCCGGUGCUACUGCUCUGAUUCAUCAGUAUUAGUAAGCUUUCAGAAAACUUGCAUAAACACAUAAAAUGAACGCAGAGUACAAACAGAAGGUUCCUCCUAUCUGCGUCUUACCUUGAGCAUAAACAAGAGCUUUUUUGACUGUUACCCAUAGCGCACUGUAUUUUGUCAUACGUGUCAGUGUGAACACACUUACGCACUCAAAAUAGCAAAUGUAAAAGCCUUUGCACACCAAGUCCGUAUUUUGCUUUUGAAAUUGUUCCACAUUUUAAAAUAAAUACAACCUCACAUUAUGUCAUUUAUGUUUACACACAGACUCUGAAACUUUCACAUGUUUUCGGAACAGGUUUGAAGAACGUGAACUGAGACAUAGCAUGAGAUAUCCAAAACAGCCACUGUAUGAAUUACAUUGUUUCUUAAGGAAUUGUGACCAAUAUGCACCAAAUGUGUGACCCUUAACUUGUUAGCGCCCUCUGGUGGACAAACUAUUGUAAAAAAGACAGUGUCUAAAUUAUCACCUGAAUUAAUUUGACAAACUAAUUCUUAAGGUCCACUUACAAGCUUUUUCCCCAGUUUUCAGUCACAUGUCACGGUCUGAUUACAAUAGAAAUGAUAAGCUAUUAAUCAACAGACAGAAAUUUUUUUAGCAACAAUUUUAUAAUAAUCAUAUUUUAAUUGUAGUAAUUUCAAUUUUAAAGCAAAAAGCUAUUUUAAAGCAAAAAAAAUUUGAGAGCAAAAAAAUUCACCGAGUGUGUUAAUUUCAGCUUUUCAAAAGUCAGUAUUUGCUGUUUUUCUGUCUCCUGUAAUUGUGAACUUAAUAUAUUAGAGUUUGGGAUGUAUUAAUACCUCCACUCAGGCUUUGAAGAACUUUGAUCACUGACAUUUCAAAGACCGAGCUGAAGGUCUCUAUAAAAUUUAGUGGGAUUACAUUGUUUUCGCAUAUUCAUAAUAUCUGUAACCAUAAAGCUUGAGUUACAACUUGACUUUUCCUCCGACACCACCAGUUUAAAAAUAAGGGGAAACCCUCUCAUCACGCUAGAAAUGUAUCGUCUUUUAAUUUUUGAUGACAAACUGAGAUGAUUUUUGCUUUGUUGACACUUUCUGACUCUUGACAACAACUUCACCCCUAAAAUAUAUAUCAAUAAAUUUCAGAAGCCUGCUUUAUUUUUAGCUUCUUGCAUAUAACAUGAUACAAGUUGAAUCUUUGUGUUGGUCGAUGUUUCAUCAGGAUCUGGACGUUCUUAAGUUUGUUUUUUUUCUUGAUGAUGUCAUUCAUACUUUUAAUAAUUGAAAUAAUGAAGUGUGGGAGGGUCGUUCUCUCUGUUUGUGUUUCUCAUCACAGAGAGAGAAGUUUGAGUAUGUAGCGAGUAACCCCUCAGUGUUUUUCAGUAUUAAAGCGAUAUUUCACUCUGGCAAAUCACAGUGAUUUCUCAGCACUGAAACUGACCCUUGCUGUGACCCGUAGUUUACCUGGUUAAAAGCUCUGGAAAAAUAAUUCUAACUCAAGGGCCAACAUUGUUUGUUUUUUUUUAUUUUGUUUUCUCACAAUCACAAAAAGAAGUGAUUUCAUGAUCUUAAUGUAAAAGUGUGCUUCAAAAUAUCUUUUUAAAGAAGAAAAAAGAAAAUGAUUCAUAAUUGUUGUGGUCAUGUAAACAACAAAAAAGAGAAAAGAAAAUACAACAUUUUUGCCCUGUCUUACUAUUUACAAAACUGCUAAGAAUUAAACUUUAUAUUUACAGACUGCUCUACAAAGUCAACUGUCCUGUACCAGUCGUGAUGCUAAGCUAAGUGAAGCAGCUGCGGACUGUGGCUUAUUUGCCUGCCAGACAAAGCUGAGGGUGAUAUUUACCUUUAUCUUCAAACUCUUUGCUAGAAAAUGAAUAAAUUUCCCCAAAUGAAAACUUAAAGCACUUUAAAUUUAUAUGUUUGUGAAGUGAAAAAGAAAUUAAUGUUUUUUAGUGUUUACCCUUGUAAGCAGAAAAGCCAUCAUGUAAUUUGACUCUGAUGCAGCGCAGACACCAGCAGCUUUAUUUUCAGGUCAAACGUCGUGCUGAAAAAUGACGCCGAUCCAGCAGAGUGAGAUACGACUUAAAAAAAGGGCUGCUAGAGUUUUAAUCGACAUGAUAAAGGGAACUAAAAGCACAUUGUUGAAAACAUUCACACAAGUAUUUUCAAAAAUGUAAAUAGUUUGUUCUUUCUGUUCUUUUUGCUUUUGGACAAAUUCUCUACAUAAGACGAUUGAGAUGAUGUAUUUUUAUGCAACUGUAAAAUAAAAGUCUAUAUUCAAGUGUU